AUGGACCAUAAGAGAAAAUCGCACCCCGUCUUUUGGAAGAUGAAAGAGGUGACAAUGUUGAUGAAAACGAAAAGAGAAAACGAUGAAACCGAAGAAACGAUAAUGCUGACAAAAGAGACGACGGUGCUGAUUGGGAAGCCUGCUAGUUCUGGACAAGGGAUUGGCUAUGUAGAUGACGACAAUAAUAAUGCCAAUAAUGGCGAUAAUAAUGAUUUGUAUAACUGGCGAUGUGCAAAUAUAGAUAGCCCUAAUAGUUCUGAGAAAUUUUUUACUGGAAAAUUGAAUGAUCCUAAUGGUUAUUGA